CGUAUAAACAGUGGGUGACCGGGUCGGCAGCGCGUAAUUCCACUCGUCUCACAAUAAAUAGAAAAAUCUCAAUUUCAACGUGUUUAUACUCACAAUAUCGUAAUCCAUAAAAUGUCGGAUAUCAAGGCUGAUAGUAAGAACGACAAUAACGUCGAUGAUAUACCCAAGGAUCAGGCGAAGGAGGAGAAACCAACGCCAGCGAAAAAUAAGCGAGGGGGUUCAAAGCGAUUGUCAACGUUGGAGAGAACAGCUCAAGAGGGCGAGGCAAUUAUAAAGGGUAUGGACAAAUCUGUCGUUGAAGUUGAGGGAAGAAGGCGUACCCGCAGUUCAGCGCGUGGUUUGACCUCGACGACCCCGGCUCCUUCGCCCCCGAAGAAGGAGAAACGCGAGACAGUAUCGAAACCAACAACUGGUACUGGUCGUGGUCGUGGACGUCCCAAGCGACAAGACAAGAACAACGACAACAACACAGAUGAGGAAGCAGCGAACAACAAAAACGAGAAGCACGACGAUGAGUCGCCGAAGAUGGAGGUUGACGAUGUGAAGGACGACAAGGACAAGGACGAUGAGAAGAAUAACGAGGCUGACAAGGAUCAGGCAGACUCUAAGACGCUUGAGACAAAUUCCAAGAAUGAAAAGUCAACGGAAGAAUCGGAAAAUUCAGCGGAAGAAUCAAAAAGCGGGGUGGAUGACAAGAAAAAAGAGGAGGUCAAGGACAGCUCCGACUCGAGUCAAGACGCUACUGAUGCCACUGGUAAAACCGAGACUGCAACGGAGUCACAAAAUCCCUCCAAUCCAAUUACUGAUGAGAAAAAGGAAUAACCUUCCUCGCGUUAAUUAUUUCUACCAAUAAUCUAACCGUCAGGUACCAGGGCGGCGCACACAUCGGGACACUAAAAUUCACGUCCUAACGUCAUUUUAAUUUUUAACAAGAAAAUAAAAAUUGAAAACACUUGACUCAUUUGCUGAUUACCUCCAUCAUCGAGCAAUCAGUGCACCUGAGGGUUCUCCAUUAUCACAAUAUAUUUAUCACAAUUGAACUCAAAUCAAAUUCAGUGAAAUUUAUCAUUCUGAAAUGACACUAGUAGAGCAACAUAUAAAUUGUUUCAAUUGGUAGAAAAGUUUUAUUUUCAAUCUUUGUUACUUUUUUUUUCUCGUGAACAAAUGAUUCCAUCAGUAAAAAUAAAUACUAUUGUGCUGCGCUGAUUGUUACGACAGCAAAGUGAGCACUGAGGUGUUGAGCAUACGUUGUUCAUGUACAAUGAUAAUAUUCUUGUAAAAUAUAUUUAAUAUGGACUCGUA